CGAGAACAGACGAUCCUAGGAGACGGCGUGGAAUGUUGGGUGCGGCCGCGCCGCCAUUUCGUGAAAAGUAAUCAAAAGGGCUCGGAUUGAUGGGCGGUCGUGCGCAAGGCGCAUGCGCAGCUCCCCGUAACUUCGUUUUGGCUGCUUAGGCUGCCUCGAGAAAGGCGAAACCGAGCUACUCAAAGCGGUACCAUGAGUGGUUGUCGUGUAUUCAUCGGAAGGUUGAAUCCAGCCGCCAGAGAGAAGGAUGUAGAGAGAUUCUUUAAGGGAUAUGGACGCAUCAGAGACAUUGAUUUGAAGAGAGGUUUUGGGUUUGUGGAGUUUGAAGAUCCCAGAGAUGCUGAUGAUGCGGUCUAUGAAUUGGAUGGAAAAGAGCUCUGCAGUGAAAGAGUUACAAUUGAACAUGCUAGAGCCCGCUCUAGAGGUGGAAGAGGCAGAGGGCGUUAUUCUGAUCGUUUUAGCAGCCGCCGUCCACGAAAUGACAGAAGAAAUGCACCACCUGUCAGAACAGAAAAUCGUCUCAUUGUAGAAAAUUUGUCUUCUCGAGUCAGCUGGCAGGAUCUCAAAGACUUCAUGAGACAAGCUGGGGAAGUAACAUUUGCAGAUGCACACAGGCCCAAACUAAAUGAAGGGGUGGUUGAGUUUGCCUCUUAUAGUGAUCUAAAGAAUGCCAUUGAAAAACUUUCUGGCAAGGAAAUCAAUGGAAGGAAAAUCAAACUAAUUGAGGGCAGCAAAAGACACAGUAGGUCCAGAAGCAGGUCUCGCUCCCGUAGCAGGAGCUCUUCAAGAUCCCGUAGCCGCUCUCGGUCCAGAAGCCGCAAGUCUUACACCAGAUCCAGGAGCAGGAGCCGUAGCAAAUCACGAUCAGUUAGUCGAUCUCCUGCCCCUGAAAAAAGUCAGAAACGUGCUUCUUCCAGUAGAUCAAAGUCUCCUGCUUCUGUGGAUCGCCAGAGAUCACGCUCAAGGUCAAGAUCUGUAGAUAGUGGCAACUGAAUUGUGCAGGUUGCCUUGGAACUUUUAAAUCAUACUUGCUAAUAGUUGUGGUAAGUAUGUGACUUUUGGGAAAGGGACUGAACCAGGGGGAGGAGAGGGUUGUAACAACUUUGUAAAUGUGGACCAUCAGAAAGUUACUGAACUAAUUGUAUUCUCUUUUUGAUAAAUCUUUUUCUUGCUCACUUCAUUAAAUCAGAAGUGCAUAGCUUUAUGUAUAUUGCUAGAGUUCUUUGAAGAAACUAAUUUUUUUGUAUUUAAAAAAAAUCUAAUUCUGAACAUUUUCUCAGUAUACUCUAGUAAUUAAAAUUUGGGAUGUUAAAUGUUUUAAAUUGGUUAAUUGAGUUUUACACCAGCUGUAAAUAAAGCUUUAUUUCAGGUUUUGGGAAUAAUUCCCAAGUAUUUGUUUGCUGCCUUGGCCAUAUUUCCAAACAUACUGGUCAAAACUCACAAUAAAGC